AUGUCCUCCGAUGCGGCGACAUUGCCAUCUCCACCAACCAUGCCACCGUGGAAGGACACCCAGCGUCCUUUUUCGGUGGGGGAAACCAUGCAUACAAGUGGGCAGGUUAAAAGACCAGAUUCAUAUUCAAAAGCACACCCCCUUCCCACUCCGCGGCGACCUCGAUUCCCCAAUAUCAAAGACCUGCAGGAUCAGGCUGCUGCAUUGAAUGUCAAUGAUACCACACCACUCGAUUUUCUCCUCACAACGGCUGCCGAAGCGAUUGACAAGGCCAGGAACCUUGUGGAGGAUUACCCCGAUAAGGCUUACGUCCAGUACCUGUGUGCCUCUGAGAUCACUAUCAACAUUAUUCCUCACCAUCCGGGCUAUCGAACAAGCGUCCAGCGCCCCGAGUGGCACAAGGAGUUUGCCGAUCUAAUGAAGGCUGUACGCGCUAAACAAGGCACCAUGGAUGCUAUCAAGCAGGGAAUAAUUGAGGACAAUUUGGCCAGUAACAUGCAGCCAACCGGUGCAUUCACCUCCAGAUCGCCAGAACAAAGCUAUGUCACGCCAAGAGGUCGUGAGAACCGAGAGUCUGGAACAAACUCAGUCCGCAUGCCGAGUCCGACGCAGUAUCAAAGGAUGCCAGACUCCAACCCGAAUUCCCAGCCGUUCUCUAGCCCCCCGGAUGACGCGCUUGCGCAACGUUUUGCCAAACUUAAGGCCUCUCCUCCUUCUGGUCAAUUUGAGUUGGGGUCAAUUACUACUGGUCCAAGAAGCCCAAUUUUAGGAUCUGCAGCGCUUGGCCCACUUCAUUCAUCAAACGUGCCUCCGCCGGCUCAUGACUCUCCGCCGCCGAGACGUCCCUUGGGACCUCGCGGAAUGGGGUCUUCACCUAAUGUGCCAACAAUACCACCAAAGGUUCCUCUCAACACAUCGCUCCCACGUGCUCCUGAUCCGGCCUAUAGUCCUGUCUUCACCGUACCGUCAAAGCCAACAUCCAAUCCUCCAAGGUCCUCGACAGAAAGCGCACGCUCGGGCAAUCCGAGAUAUUCGCAGUUUAGCAGUUCCCCUCGGGUCAGCCCGAAUCGGGGAGGCCUCGAUGACAAUCCAUACAGAUCCAUGACGCCCAACGGGUCGAAGUCGGCGCGAGAAACACGCAGCAACUCACCCGACUUACCACACAGUACGACAAUUACAGCUCCAAGCCUUUUAGAAAAUCUACGGAAAUAUAACAUCCUACUCAUUGACGUUCGUGGCCGAGACCAGUAUGACAACGGUCAUGUAUAUGCGAAAUCCAUCAUUUGCAUAGAGCCUGUGGUUCUGAAGGAGAACGUAUCGGCAGAAGAGCUUGAAGAAAGAUUGGUUGUCUCGCCGGAGCAUGAACAGGUCUUGUUUGAGAAGCGAAAUGAAUUCGAUCUUGUGGUCUACUAUGAUCAAAGCGCGGAAUCCGUCAGUUAUCUCGCAGGCUCGCCAGUGGGGACAUCUGCUCCUCAUUUGAGAGCACUUCAUGAUACUCUCUACGAAUUCAAUGCAUACAAGCCGUUGAAGGCCGGGCGGCCCCCCGCUCUCCUGCUUGGUGGGUUGGAUGCCUGGAUCGACCUUUUAGGGCAACAAUCAUUGGCCACAUCCUCAACCGCCGCUGCCAUGAGCUCUCUGCAGGCUAGAAAGCCGGUUCUUAGACCUGGUCGACCACUAGGUAGAGUCCCCACUAUGGCUAGUGCGAAUUCAAGUCUGGAAAUUCGAAAGCGGCGGCUGCGCGAGUUUACUCCCCUAAACUCGAAGGAGUUGUCUGAGUGGAUGGAAAAAUCGAAAGUCGAGGAGAUCGACACAAACAGCUAUACCGAUGAAGACUCCCUCACGGAGGAACCAGACGCGACGACACAAGAGCCUUCAACCCCGUAUGUCCAUACGUAUGAGGCUUUCUUUCGUCGUUUCCCUGAGGCCCAUGAUGUGCAACAGUCCAUGACCCACCCGGAUUCUCGCCCUCCGCCCGCUCCUGCGUACUCUCACACUCAGUCCCAGUCCCAGUCCCAGUCCCAUUCGCAUGCCCAUGCUCCAAACUAUGAUGUGCAAAUUCCAGUGGUUCCCUCACGGCCGCGUCCGGCCGUCCCUCGUCCCAGUUACAGCGGAGUCUCAGAUGGGCGACAAAUCCAGCCACAUUUGGAGCGCCAGAAUUCAGCAAGCAGAACAGCACUGUAUGCUCCAACUUCUCGGUUGGAUCGCCUCAAGCUUCCGCGAACGGGCUUGACCAAUUUUGGUGUUACAUGCUACAUGAAUUCCACCAUCCAAUGCCUCAGCGCAACAAUCUCAAUGAGCCGAUUUUUCAUCGACAAUCGGUUCCGUUACUACGUACAGAAAAAUUGGAAGGGAUCUCAAGGCGUAAUGCCCGGGCUUUAUGCUAAUUUGACUCGGUCGCUAUGGAAAAAUGACGUAGAGGUCAUCAUGCCGACCUCGUUCCGAAAUUUCUGUGGUCGCUUGAACCGAGAGUGGGCCAUCGAUCGACAGCAAGAUGCCAAGGAAUUCUUCGAUUUUCUGGUGGAUUGUCUUCAUGAGGAUCUCAAUGUGAAUUGGCAACGUACGCCGCUCCGACCGUUGACCUUUUCGGAGGAGAUGCAGCGAGAACGAAUGCCCAUGACCAAGGUUUCUCGAAUUGAAUGGGACAGGUACCGUCAUCGGGAGGAGUCUUUUAUAUCCUCCCUUUUCGCCGGACAACACGCCAGUCGAUUACGUUGCACGACCUGUCGACAGACGUCCACUACAUAUGAGGCUUUCUAUAGUAUCAGUGUCGAGAUUCCUUCGUCAGGUACCGGUGAUAUUUACCAGUGUCUCCGUAGCUACUGCAAAGAGGAAAUGCUGAGUGGCGACGAAGUUUGGAAAUGUCCACACUGCAAAUGCAAGCGGAUGGCAACCAAGCAAAUCAUUAUUACCCGCGCGCCCCAAAUUCUCGUCGUGCACUUCAAGCGCUUCUCCGCAUCGAAGACUCAGAGCGCGCGAAAGAUCCACACCCCGAUCGAGUUCCCACUGCACGGUCUCCAGAUGGACGAUUUUGUCAUCUCGCACUCGAGCCCUGCCCCUCCGGACUCCGAGGCUGUGCCCAUUACGGGUGCUACAGUCCCACCAUUUAUGUAUGAUGCCUUUGGUGUUCUACGGCAUCUCGGCUCUUCCAUGGGCAGUGGACAUUAUAUCUCCUUGGUCCGCGAUGCGGAGCGGCAAUGCUGGCGAAAGUUCGAUGAUGAGCGGGCGACAGAUUUCAAUCCCCGGGACUUGCGGCCGCGAGACCGGCUUCAGAACGAGCAGGCGUACAUUGUGUUUUAUGAGCGAGUUCCAGCGAAAUGA